AUGUCUGAGCCGAUCAGAAGCAAGAAGCCUGAGGUGACUGCACCGACCCCUCAGAACACUCCCGCAAACCAUGCCCCGAUUUCUUCACAUGCCCAGCAACCUGGCAUCGCCAGCAUCAAAGAAGAGGACCUUGACCGAGUAGCUGCCGCCUCGCUCUUCGCACAGAACCCUAAGCUCGUCUCCAUGAUCCAGGGCAGGCUCGGAUCUAUCAUCGGACGCUCAUCCGGCUACAUCGAAUCUCUCCCGGCCUCUGUUCGCCGCCGAGUCGCAGGCCUCAAGGGCAUCCAGACUGAACAUGCCAAGCUCGAAGCCGCUUUCCAGGAAGAAGUCCUGCAGCUCGAGAAAAAGUACUUCGCCAAGUACACCCCACUCUACCAGCGCCGUUCUGCCAUUGUCAACGGUGGUGCCGAACCCACCGACGCAGAGGUCGAGGCCGGCAAGAGUGAUGAAGACGAAGAGGAAGAUGAGAAGAAGGAGAAUGAGGCCAAGCAGCUUCCCGUUGAGUCUGAGGAGACUCCUGCCUCUGGUAUCCCGGAGUUCUGGCUGUCUGCCAUGAAGAACCAGAUCUCUCUCGCUGAGCUGAUCACCGACCGAGACGAAGGUGCUCUCAAGGAGCUAACAGACAUUCGCAUGGAGUACCUUGAUCGUCCUGGCUUCAGACUCAUCUUUGAAUUCGCGGAGAACGAGUUCUUCACUAACAAGACAAUUGCUAAGAGCUAUUACUACCAAGAAGAGAACGGAUAUGGCGGUGACUUCAUCUACGACCACGCCGAGGGUGAGAAGAUUGACUGGAAGGAGGGCAAGGAUCUCACCGUCCGGGUAGAGAGCAAGAAGCAGCGUAACAAGAACACCAAGCAGACCCGCGUUGUCAAAGUUACUGUCCCCACCGAAUCCUUCUUCAACUUCUUCUCUCCCCCCAAGCCCCCACAGGAAGACGACGAAGAUGUUGCCUCCGAUAUCGAGGAGCGUCUUGAGCUCGACUACCAACUCGGUGAAGACAUCAAGGAGAAACUCAUCCCCCGUGCCAUUGACUGGUUCACCGGUGAAGCCCUCCAGUAUGAAGAACUUGAUGACAACUUCGAAGGCGAGUUUGAGGAUGAUGAUGAAGACGAUGAUGACGAGGAUGAUGAUGACGAUGAGGACGACAAGAGAGGUGACGAUGAUGAGGACUCGGAUGAAGAAGACGACGGUUCGAAGCCCAAGAAGGAAGCUACUGAGUGCAAACAAAGUUAA